CGAUGAAGGGACGGGGCUGUGUUGAUGUAUGUAUAUAACGGGUGAGAGAGAGAGAGAGUCAUGAUUCCAUACUCGUCAUGAUGAAGACUGUGGUGGUGUUGGUAGCCUGUGUGCUGGGCAUGGCAGUUGCCCGUCCAGACCUUCAUACUCACCUUUAUGGAGCACAGGUGUUGCGGGUGGUGCCGGAGGAGGCAGCCCAAGUAUAUUACCUCAAAGGUCUUCAGCUGCAAAACUACUUUGACUUCUGGACGGAGCCUCGAGCCAUCGGCUCACCCGUGGACAUCAUGACGACAGCCUUCCAGUUACCAUUGCUGAAACACACACUCACUCACGUCGGCCUCGAGUUCAGAACUAUGAUUAGCAACGUGGGAGAACUGGUGGCCCAGCAGAAGGCAGCCAGGGAGGGUGCUCGUGCCAGUGGACCUCUUUCCUUGGAUUGGACCUCUUACUAUGAUUAUGAGGAAAUAAUGGCAUGGUUGGACACCCUGGCUACCGAGUAUCCGGAACUCUGCACCGUGGAAGAAGUAGGGAACAGCUACGAAGAUCGUGUCAUGAAGCUGCUUAAACUAGGGAAAGGUGGCGCUGACAAGCCUAUCAUUUUCAUCGACGGAGGCAUCCACGCCCGAGAAUGGAUUGCGCCGGCCACUGUGACCUACAUAGUGAACGAGCUGGUGACACAUAGUGACACCUACGAUGACCUUCUCUCUAAUGUCAACUUCUACGUCAUGCCUGUCAUCAACCCUGACGGAUAUGCUUACACCUUUACUGAUGACCGUUUAUGGCGUAAGACUCGAUCUCCGACGAAUUCAGUUUUGGGUUGCCGAGGUGCCGACCCCAAUAGGAACUGGAGCUUCCACUGGAAUGAGGUGGGUGCUUCGGACAGUCCUUGUUCUGACAUCUAUGCGGGUCCCGAACCCUUCUCUGAGGUGGAGAUGAGAAACGUGCGUGACCAGAUCAACAAGUACGCAGACAAUAUCAAAUCUUACCUCACCUUCCACUCAUACUCCCAGCUGUGGAUGUACCCCUGGGGCUACACCUCCGACCUCCCAGAAGAUUGGCAGGACCUG